CGGGCAUGCCCAAACAGCCCAGGAGGUAAACAAUACCCGGCGGCGGCGGCGGUGGCGGGGCGGUGGGGAUGGCGGCCCACAGCCUGUUCUCGCUGCGGGUCAGUGUGCACUCGGACCAGGGUGGCAGGAAAUACAUGGAGGACGUGACCCAGGUGGUGAUCGAACCCGAGUCCGGGCCCGGCGAGGCCGAGAGCGGCGAGGAGGAGGACCCGCGGCCCCGGACCCGGCCCGGGGUGGCCUUCUUCGCCGUGUUUGACGGGCACGGCGGGCGGGAGGCGGCCGUGUUCGCCCGCGACAACCUCUGGAAGUGCAUCAAGAAGCAGCGCGGCUUCCUGUCCGAGGAUCCCGAGGAGUUCCGCGGGGCCAUCCGCAAGGGCUUCAUCGCCUGUCACUACGCCAUGUGGAAGAAGCUCCCUGACUGGCCGAAGACGCUGACCGGCCUGCCCAGUACGUCUGGGACCACUGCCAGCGUGGUCAUCAUCUGCCGGGACAAGAUGUACGUGGCACACGUGGGCGACUCUGGCGUGGUGCUGGGGGCACAGGACUGUCCACCCCUGGGUCAGGGCCAGAGCGAGGGCACUGUCCAGGCCCUGGAGGUGACACAGGAUCACAAGCCCGAGCUCCCCAAGGAGAAGGAGAGGAUCGAGGGGCUCGGUGGGAGUGUCAUCAACAAGUCGGGGGUGAACCGAGUGGUGUGGAAGAGACCCCGACUGACCCACAAUGGCCCGGUGCGGAGGAGCACCAUCAUCGACCAGAUCCCCUUCCUCGCAGUGGCCAGGGCCCUGGGGGAUCUGUGGAGUUACGACUUUUACAGCGGCGAGUUUGUGGUCUCGCCAGAACCGGACACGAGUGUUCACACCAUCAACUGCCGAGACCACAAGUACAUCAUCCUCGGCAGUGAUGGACUGUGGAACAUGAUUCCCGCCCAGGAUGCUGUCACCAUCUGCCAUGACAACGAGGACAGGAAACAAUUACUGGAGGAACCUGGGCCCACGAGUGCCAGACUGCUGGUGAGCCGGGCCCUGGGCCGGUGGCGCCAACGCAUGCUGCGCGCGGACAACACCAGCGCCGUGGUGAUCUGCAUCGACCCGCCUGCCCGCAGCUGCCGGCCACUCUGCACUGAGGAGCUGUGGCUCAAGCUGGAUGGCAGCCCCACCCACCAGAUCGAGGAGACCCGGCUGCAGCCGCCGCCGCCCUGUGCCACACCACCGAAGGCUACCGACGAGCUCUCCCCGCCCUGGUUCUGCGCUGGUUUCGUCCCGGUGCUGGCGAGGAGGGAGCCCCGGUGCGGGAGGAGCCCACUGCCUGACGUCGCUGCGGCGACCGAGAACCAGGGGCGGGGGCCAUCCCCAGUGGGGGACAGGCGGCGGUCGCCCUGGGCGACGGGCCCGGGAUGGAGCCCAGCCGGCGGGGGCCUGAAGCGGACGCUGGAGGAGCUGAACGGGGCGGCGCCUGGCUCCGCCAAGAGACUGAAGGGGCGGGGGGGCCGCGGGGGGGUGGGAGGGGCGGCAGGAGCCCCCGCCCCCGGCCGCCGCAGGCAAUCGGACAAACCGGCGACCCGCAGGAGCCUGAGGGGGCAGCGCCGGCUGAGGAACGCACUGCUCCCCCAGCACAGGAAGACCAUCUGUGUGUGCUGACGGGGGGGUGGGGCGGGAGGGGUUGGGGCAGGCACCGGGGUGCUGGAAACAAAUAAUUAUUUUAAUGUCUGUAAAGAGAAUCAAAAACACGAGAGUGCUGAUGUUUUGUACCGUCGGUUUGUGAAGGGGCACGACUCCUGACAUUUUAUUUCUUCCCCCCGAUCCCCUCCUCCAUUUCCCCCACCCCUCCUGCCACCUGUGCACGAGUCGCCCUCCCCCUAUCUCUUGCUUUACCCUCCUUCACUCUAUCUCUCCCCCUUCUAUCUGUCUCUCUCCAUCCUCUACUCAGACUCUCUCCCCCUCCCCUGCCUGCCUCCAGCCCUCUCUCCGUCUCCCUCUAAUGCUCGCGCCCCCCCCCCCCCCCGCCAAACCCCCCUUCACCUCCCUCCAGCCCUCUUACCUUUCCUCUCCCUCCUUCUCUCAGGAAGUUCAGGAAAUGCAUCCAUUCGGACACUGUCCCUUGUUCCUUGCUCCCUGGAGGCUGCCCGGGUGUCGUCCUGGUUCCCCUCACUGGCCUCUCCUGGCUGAGCCUGGAGAUGGGCACGGGGUUCUUCUGUCAGGUUGGCCGGAGGGGUUCAACUCGCCCCACGUGCCGGGCACUCCACCCUUGCGCCGGGCAGUCAGUGCCUCCCGCCGGGACCGAACUGAAGCCCAGUGGAUUGGCUGUUUGCCAGCCCCUGGGUCCGGCUGGGAUCUGCACCUGCCGGUGGCUGUGGCACAAUUUGCCGAAAUGUGUGGGUCAUGCUCAGACAGUGGAGGGGGUUGUGGGGAGUGGCGAGCCCUCGUCUUGCUUCCCCCCUCUGCCCCGUGAACUGUGAGCCCUCGUCUCGCUUCCUCUCUCCCACCUCCAUCAUGAACCCCAGCCUUUCGUUUGGUGAAGAAUCUGUUUUAACCCCUUUCUGCUUCACUUGUGUGUUUUAAAUAAAUGAUAUUUAAGUUGGAAAUUUCUGUAGGAAGCCAAUCAUCUCUGCACAGCAAAUAAGUGUUUUAAAUCAGUAACCCGAGGGUCUUGGGGGAGCUCACAGUAAGGGGCAGUCAUUAUGUACUCUGUCUUUCUUUGUGAGACCCAUUGACUAGGAUUGUUUUUAAUUUUGGGGUUUUCUUGGUCUGACAUUCCCAGAGUUCGCGUCUUUUCGGGCAGAGGUUCCAAACCAAUAUAUGGUCCUGUUUUUUAGUUAAGGUGGCUGCCUUGGUCUGUGUGUGUCCAUGCAUGUUCCUGUGUGUGUUUGCUCACGUACUCUGUAUGUGUGCGUGUGCCUGCAUACUCCUGUGUGGUAUGUGUGUGUGUGCUUUUGUACUGUGUGCGUGCUUCCUUCCUUGUGUAUAUGUGUGUGUACCUCUGCUUCUUUGUGUACUUGUUGGUACGCUCCUGUGUAUGUGUAUGUUUGCUUGUGUGUGUGUGUGUGUGUGUGUGUGUGUGUGUGUGUGUGUGCACGUACCUGUGCCUGAAUACUCCUAUUUAUGUGUGUCUGCUUGUUCCUCUGCGUGUAUGUACGGGUGUGUGCCUGUGUGCUUGUGUGUGUGUGUGCCUGUGUGCUCGCGUGUGUGUGUGCCUGUGUACUCGUGUGUGCGUGUGUGUCUUGUGUCAAUAAAUGCCCAGGAACCGCUGUGUGGCUCCUCCACACAUCCGGCACAAGGACCACUGUAAGCUCCCUGCCGUGACCGCUGGCCAUCGGCUGCUGAACCCCUGCUCCUUCUGAACCGACCAAUCACAGGCCAGCCUGGUGGCGGGGGGCGGUGGGAGUGAGCCAAACGUCUCCCUGCGAACCUACUCUCUGAUCGGCCAGGUGGUAAACCCUCACCUCUUGUCGCAGUCGUCCCAGAGCAACCAAGCUGCCACACUCCUGCGUGGCCCAACUGAUUUCCGGAACAAGACCGGAGAGGCCCAACCUCCUGUUCCUAAUCCAGAGCUUAUCUUCCUAAUGAAGGUAGGGUGAAGAAGAGGAAAUGAAUCUUGUGGGGUCCCUCCUUGUGCCACUUGCUAGAUCCUCCUUUAUCACUGAGGGAGCUUUACCCCCAACCCCUUAUACUGAUGGUGCUGCUACAUUUACAGAUGGGUUUUACUAAUUUUGUAUUAAUAUAUAUAUGUGUAUAGAUAUAUAUAUUUGAAAGCUCUGUUUCCAAGUAUUAGUCUCUAGUUACUCUACUGUUUUGCUAAAUAAAAUGAUGGCUCUCUUAUCAAUA